AUGGAUGCUAUUGAUCUCUCCACCAUUUUCUUAGUUGUCUUUUUUCUCAUCCUCACUACUAUUCUCUCCCAAAAUCGUUCUUCUAAAAAUACCAAACUACCCCCGGGUAGUUUCGGAUGGCCCGUAAUAGGGGAAACGAUAGAGUUCUUGUUUAGUAAUCCUGAAAAAUUCGUUCGUGAUAGGAUGAAUAAGUAUUCUCAAGAUAUAUUUAAAACUAAAAUAAUGGGAGAGAAAACAGUUGUAAUUUGUGGCCCUAAUGGCCACAAAUUCCUUUUCUCGAAUGAAGAGAAAUUAUUUACUGUGUUUCGUACUCACUCCAUGCAAAGAAUUUUUCGUUCUUACCAAUCCAAAAAUCCAUCUUGUCCUCCUCCUCCUUCUCUUUCUCAAUCUACUCGGGUUAUUCGUCAGCCCGGGUUUUUAAAGCCCGAAGCCCUAGCCCGUUAUUUAGGGGAAAUGGAUUGUAUAACAAAAGAGCUUUUGCAAUCCCAUUGGGAAGGCAAAAGUGAGAUUCAAACCUAUCAUUUUGCUAAAAUUUUGACAUUGUCACUUGCUAGUCGUUUCUUUCUUGGGAGUACGAAUAGUAGUUCGGAAAGGAUGGUGAAGCUCGUACAUUAUUUUGAUGAUAUUACGUUAGGGUUACAUGCGAUGAUUUUGAACGUACCAGGGAUGGCUUUUUAUCGCGCUAAUAAGGCAGCAAUUGCAAUUAGAAGGGAGCUUAUAGAUGUUAUAAAGGAGAAAAAAGAUGAAAUGUCUAAAGGAGUGAAAAUGCAAGACAUAUUGUGUCAUAUGAUAGUUGUUAAGGAUAAUAAUGGAGAGUUUAUGGGUGAAAAUGAAAUUGCUGAUAAAAUAAUGGGAAUUUUAGUUGCUGGCUAUAGUACUGUUGCAACUACCAUAACUUUCCUCAUGAAAUAUGUUGGAGAGAGAUUUGAUAUCUAUGAAAAGAUUUUGAAAGAGCAAAAGGAGAUUGCUGCGGCGAAGAAGGAAGGAGAAUUGUUAGAGUGGGAGGACAUGAACAAAAUGAAGUAUUCAUGGAAUGUGAUAUGUGAAACAAUGAGACUAACUCCACCACUUCAAGGAACUUUUAGAGAAGUGUUGACAGACUUCACCUAUGCUGGUUACACUAUCCCCAAGGGUUGGAAGGUUUAUUGGACAACAAGUAGCACAAACAAAAAUCCAUUAUAUUUUCAAGACCCUCAAGUGUUUGAUCCAUCAAGAUAUGAGAAAUGUGAUGGACCAAUUCCAUACACAUAUGUACCAUUUGGUGGUGGUCCAAGAAUGUGUCCUGGUAAAGAGUAUGCUCGUCUUGCAAUUCUAACUUUUCUUCACAAUGUUGUAAUGAAAUAUAAGUGGGAAUUGUUAGUACCUAAUGAGAAGAUUGUUGGUGAUAUGAUGCCAACACCAGAAAAUGGACUCCCAAUUCGUCUUCAUCAACAAUAUUAA